CUCCCCUCCCCCCCAGCCCCUCUCAGAUCCCCUCCUAGCUUUCGCCCCUGGUCGCCCGCACUUGCCGCGCUGUUGCCCGCGCUGUCGUCGGGAGGUGGGUGAGGUGACGCAGAAAGCCCCGUUCCGGCGCCCAUCUACCCACUCACCGCUUGCCCGCGGCCAGGCGCUCCCCUGCACCUUCCGCCAUUUUCCCGCCUGCGAGGGAAAGAUGAAUGGGAGGGCUGAUUAUCGAGAGCCGAAUGCAGAAGUUCCAAGACCAAUUCCCCACAUAGGGGCUGAUUACAUUCCAACAGAGGAAGAAAGAAGAGUCUUUGCAGAAUGCAAUGAUGAAAGCUUCUGGUUCAGAUCUGUACCUUUGGCUGCAACAAGUAUGUUGAUUACUCAAGGAUUGAUUAGUAAAGGAAUUCUUUCAAGUCAUCCGAAAUAUGGUUCCAUCCCUAAACUUAUAUUUGCUUGCAUCAUGGGAUACUUUGCUGGAAAACUUUCUUACGUGAAAACUUGCCAAGAAAAGUUCAAGAAUCUUGAGAAUUCCCCUCUUGGAGAAGCUUUACGAUCAGGACAGGCACGACGAUCUUCACCCACUGGGCACUAUUCUCAAAAGUCAAAAUAUGACUCAAAUGUGAGUGGUCAUUCAUCUUUUGUGACAUCCCCAGCUCCGGACAACGUAGAAAAAGAGAUGCUUCCUCAUUAUGAGCCAAUUCCAUUCAGUGCUUCUAUGAAUGAAUCUACUCCCACUGGUAUUACUGAUCAUAUUGCCCAAGGACCUGAUCCCAACAUUGAAGAAAGUCCUAAAAGAAAAAAUAUUACAUAUGAGGAAUUAAGGAAUAAGAACAGAGAGUCAUAUGAAGUUACUUUAACACAUAAGACUGACCCCUCAGUCAGGCCUAUGCAGGAAAGAAUGCCAAAAAAAGAAGUCAAAGUAAACAAAUAUGGAGAUACUUGGGAUGAGUGAAAAAUUGCAUCAUUGGACCUACUGAAGGAGUUUCACUGUCCAGCUUCAUCUAGGUGGUCGUGAACAUCUGCAUGCUUUGAGCUCAGCAGCAGUCUUCAUAAACACAUUUAAACUAGAACCUGAGUUUUUGUGGUUUGGCUUAUUAAAAUGAUGUUUUAAAAACAGAUUUCAAUGUUAACAUUGUGUGAAUAUUCAUUUUGGGGAACUCUUUGAAUGAUGGUAUUAGGCCAUGAUUGUACACAGUUGGGUUUCAGGGCAAGGAUACUGCUUCAAUGAAAACAGGAUACUCUGUUAUUAAAGUAUCAAGAGAGUGUAAUGCUCUAGAAUCACCAUAUAUGGGAGUAAAUGAUACCUGCAUGUUCACUUGGGGUGGGUGGGGGGAGCGAGCAUAAUUUUAAGUGUGAAACUUUACAUCAAAAAUAAUUAAAAAGGCUUUCUCCAGUGUUUGCUGUAUUCUCUUAAAUGUUUAUGGUAAAUAAAAUUUAAAGGAACAUG